AUGAGUCCUACGAUACUCGUCGUUGGCGCCACCGGCAACACGGGUCGAGGUGUCGUGGAAACUCUUUCCCGACUUCUCAAUACUCAGAGUCAUCUUUGCAGCUACAGUAUUCUCGCUCUCACUCGCUCCAAAGAUGGAACUGCGGCAAAACAGCUUGCUACGCUUCCUCAUGUGGAGGUUGUCGAAAAGCAUUGGGUCACAAUCAAUGCAGAUUGGCUUCGUCAUCAAAACGUAAAGAGAGCUUUCAUCGCAUCACACAACCAGCCUAAUCAGUUUGCGGAAGAAUCAAACUUUUACGUCAGCGCACUCAACGCCAAUGUUCAAUACGUGGUCCGCAUCUCGACGACUGCGGCCAAUGUCCGCCCAGACUCUCCUGUUUACUACCCCAGGUCACACUGGGCCAUUGAGGCUCUGCUAGACACUACGGAGUUCCGAAACUUGUGGUGGACUUCGCUUCAACCUAACGUCUUUACACAACAGUACCUUGCAUCUGCCGUUGAAUGGGUCAAGGCAUUCCAAAAGACGGGCAAGAAGGGGACUCUGAAGCUCAUGGCAUCCAAGGAUGUCCCGGUCGGCAUUGUUGAUCCUAACGAAGUUGGAGCCUUUGCCGCUCACCUUCUGCUCCAAGAUGACCCGAAAGCGCACAGCCGGGCAAGAUAUGUUCUUAAUGGCCCUGUGGACAUCACUGGCCAGCAAAUUGUGGACUUAGUGGAGAGUUAUUCUGGAACAAAGGUUGAUAAAGUAAUAUUCAAGGACUUAUCAUUUAUCGAAUACCUUGCAAAAGAUGCUCCUGAGGGAUCUCGAGAUAUUAUUCUCUCGAUCAAGCGUGCCCAGGAGACAGCAUGGGAAGGGAGGUGUACUGCAUCGACCACAAGCAAGGAGGUUACUCAGCUAGCACCACUUAAAAGGGUGCCAUCGGAGAUCUUCAAGGAGAUGAUUGCAGCAUCUGAGUAA